GACGCCAGUUUCAAAACCCGAAGAACAAAAAGUGGCAAUAGCCCAGAGAGAAAGAGUAGGGGAGAGAAUAAAGCCGAUAAGAACAUCGGUGUUUUAUUUAAAACGAUGGGUAGAAUCAAUUGAUGGAUCUCCGCAAGCACCAACACCACCGUCGUUUUUCUCCGCAUCUCCUCCCCUCCCUUCUCGCCCGAUCCUAGCCCCCGUAUCAAUAUGCCAUACCGGUUUCCAUAACCGCGGUUACCUCCUCAACCGCUUCUUCUUCUUCUUCUUCUUUAACCCCCUCUCCGGCGCCGCCUUGCGAGCGGAAUGCCGGUGGAGCGAUGAACAAUUAUUCGGAGGAGGAGGAGGAGGAGGAGUUUUAUGAGUCGCUCGAUCGGAUUCUCUCGUCAUCGUGCUCCUCCACCUCCGCCUCCGACGACGACGCCGACCCCCACCGCCGCCGCCGCCAUCUCCCGCGAUUCCCGCCGCCGUCCGCUGUUUUCCUGGACGUCUGGAUCUCCGAGCCCGCCUCCGUCGAGGAGCGCCGCCAGCGGCUCCUCCAGCAGCUGGGCCUCGCCGGAGAUCCUGCCCUUGCCCGCCGCAAGGCGCCCGCCUCCGACGUCCCCGCCGGCGGGGCGAGGACCAGGGAAGGCGACAUCGGAAGAUCCGUGUCCUGCGACGGCGUCUGCCCCCGCCCCGCUUCUGCUUCCUCCUCCGCCGCCGCCUUCGGGCGAUCUAGAUCCGAGGGCUCCGUAUAUGAUCAUCAGCAGCAGUUACAUCAGCUGUCUUUGCCGGUCUCCGGAAAGCCGCCUCUCGUCGGGAGGACCCGGCCGCCGUCGGCUGGGAAUCUCGACGUCGAUGUGGACCCGAGGUGCUUGAUCCGGAAUCUCGACAACGGGAGCGAGUUUGUGGUGAAAGAGUUUAGGGAGGAUGGGAUGUGGAAUAAGCUGAGGGAGGUUGGGACCGGCCGGCAGCUCACGAUAGAGGAGUUCGAGAUGUGCGUCGGCCGCUCUCCCAUAGUCCAAGAGCUUAUGAGGAGGCAAAAGGUGGUGGGCAGCAGCCCCCCUGGUUCCCCUGGUGGCGCUGGGUCCACGGGUGGGAUGACAUCGAAGAAGAGGGGGAGCUGGCUCAGAAGCAUCAAGAACGUUGCGGGCUCCGUGGUGGCUGGAGGCCGCAACCGGCGGAGCAGCGAUGACAAGGACACAUCGUCGGAGAAAGGAGGGAGGAGGUCGAGCUCUGCCACCGAUGACAGCCAGGAGGGCUCGCACUCUGUCCACCACGGCCCCGAGCGGACCAAGGUCCGGCAGUAUGGAAAAUCCCACAAGGAGCUCACGGGUCUGUUCAUGAGCCAGGAGAUUCAGGCCCAUAACGGGUCCAUCUGGACCAUCAAGUUCAGCUUGGAUGGGCAGUACUUGGCGAGUGCAGGGGAGGACUGUGUCAUUCAUGUGUGGGAGGUGGUCGAGUACGAGAGGAAGGGGGAAUUGCUGGUGGAUAGGGAGGAUAAUGGGAGUUGCAACCCUUUUGUUUCUUCGAUUAUUAAUGGAUCACCUGAACCAACAUCGGCAUUGGCUUGUGUGGAGGGGCACCACUGGGAGAAGAAGAGAAGAGCAAAAGUCCCUGGUAGCAGGAAGUCUGCGAGUUCAGACCAUCUGAUGGUGCCGGAUCAUAUGUUUGCACUGUUGGAGAAGCCUGUCUGCUCUUUCAGAGGGCACCGGAGUGAUGUUCUUGAUCUCUCAUGGUCGAAAUCACAGUAUCUGCUUUCCUCUUCAAUGGACAAAACAGUUCGACUAUGGCACAUGUCUAGCUAUUCCUGUUUGAAAACAUUUUCACACAGUGACUAUGUGACUUGCAUCCAGUUCAAUCCUGUAGAUGACAGAUAUUUCAUUAGUGGAUCCCUAGAUGAGAAAGUUCGCAUUUGGAGUAUUCCUGAUCGUCAAAUAGUUGACUGGAAUGAUUUGCAUGAAAUGGUCACUGCUGCAUGCUAUACACCUGACGGACAGGGUGCACUUGUUGGUUCACACAGGGGGAGUUGCCACUUGUAUGACACAUCGGAUAAUAAACUCAUUCAAAAAUGUCAAAUUGACUUGCAAAACAAGAAAAAGAAAUUCAGUCACAAGAAAAUCACUGGUUUCCAGUUCGCCCCGGGGAGCUACUCAAAAGUGCUGAUUACAUCUGCAGAUUCACGAAUCUGGGUAAUUGAUGGUGUUGAAUUGGUUCACAAAUUCAAAGGUUUUCGCAACAGAAGCAGCCAAAUUUCUGCCUGCGUGACUGCAAAUGGAAAGUAUGUGAUCUGUGCCAGCGAGGACUCGCAUGUGUAUGUGUGGAACUACGAUGAUGAUUCUCGACCUGGUAGAAGCAAAGCUGCUGUCGCCGUCACGCAGUCCUACGAGCAUUUCCAUUGCCGGGAUGUGACGGUUGCUGUUACUUGGCCAAACACCAUCAUGGGAGGGAAGCCAGGAGUGCAACGUAAUGGACUGGAUGGAGUCUCCAAGGCCAAUCCACAGCUGCUGGAUGGACGGCAUUCACCGUUGCCUGCUUAUCGGCACAUAGAUACCAACGCGGCUAACUAUGGUGACAAGGUUUCCGCUACCUGGCCUGAAGAGCUCAUGACAGCAAGCAGAGAGCGCCUGCAUGAUGAUGCUGAGAUUUUCGCUGGGGGCAUGCCAGGGCAGAGCAGGGCAGCCUGGGGAUUAGUUAUUGUGGCUGCAGGUGGCAGCGGUGAAAUCAGAACAUUUGAGAAUUUUGGCUUUCCAGUUCGGGCAUAAAUUAGUCCUUCAUUGCUGUGAGAAAAUUGUUGCAGCUCCUUGCUGGGGAUGGAUUCGAUUGUCCCAUGGCCCCACCUGCCGCAGCGCUGCUCCCAACUUGAUAUGCUAUGGAGUUAGGUGGAUAUGAGGUGCGGGUUGUAAUAUUCACAGGGGUUUAUGUCGCUGCUCUUGUCCUUCUGCUUGGCCGAUUUGUGAGAGAACCAAUCCAGCCGUACUUCUCUCUGAUUCAACAGUGCCCAGCUUCUUUUAUUCCCAUAUGUACAUUGAAGUGAAAGCUAAGGGGAUGAUGCUGCUGGGCUGGUUGGACCUCCAGUGAUUCUUUUUACCAUCCGGAGUUUGUCUUGGUCAGGGUAUACAGCUCAAUGUACCCCAUGUUUGUUCCCACUUCUCGUUUAUUACAUAUCAAUGCAUGAAGGAAAAUUUCAGCCUA